CAGCACCAGCCUGCAGAGGUGGCUCCGGAGGGGCGGGGCGGCUCCUCCCUCGGGUCCGCUGCGAGCCCGCGCCUCCCAAUUCCCGGAGCCGAGGAGGGCUCGCGGCUGCUGCUCCGCUGGGCUCCAGGUUGGGCUGCCGGGCGCUGGGCCAGGGCGGGCGGGAGCGGGGCGAGGGCUUGCGCGGAGGGCGGCGGCCUGGGCUCGCCGAGCCAUGGCGGCCCCGGAGCCGGCGCCGAGGAGAGGCCGGGAGCGCGAGCGGGAGGACGAGAGCGAGGACGAGAGCGACAUCCUGGAGGAGAGCCCGUGUGGCCGCUGGCAGAAGCGGCGGGAGCAGGUGAACCAAGGCAACAUGCCGGGGAUCCAGAGCACCUUUCUGGCCAUGGACACGGAGGAGGGGGUAGAAGUGGUGUGGAACGAACUUCACUUCGGGGAUAGGAAGGCCUUUGCGGCCCAUGAGGAGAAAAUCCAGACCAUGUUUGAGCAGCUGGCGCUGGUGGAUCACCCCAACAUCGUCAAGCUGCACAAGUAUUGGCUGGACGCCUCUGAGGCCCGCGCGAGGGUCAUCUUCAUCACAGAAUACGUGUCGUCUGGCAGCCUCAAGCAGUUCCUCAAAAAGACCAAGAAGAACCACAAGGCCAUGAACGCCCGGGCCUGGAAGCGCUGGUGUACGCAGAUCCUGUCUGCACUCAGUUUUUUGCACGCCUGCAGUCCCCCCAUCAUCCACGGGAACCUGACCAGCGACACCAUCUUCAUUCAGCACAAUGGCCUCAUCAAGAUCGGCUCUGUGUGGUACCGCAUCUUCUCCAAUGCACUUCCUGAUGAUCUCCGGAGCCCUAUUCGAGCUGAACGGGAGGAACUCCGAAACCUGCACUUUUUCCCACCAGAGUAUGGCGAAGUCAAUGAUGGGACUGCUGUGGACAUCUUCUCCUUUGGGAUGUGUGCACUGGAGAUGGCUGUGCUGGAGAUCCAGGCCAACGGGGAUACCCGAGUCACAGAAGAGGCCAUCGCUCGAGCCAGGCACUCGCUGAGUGACCCCAACAUGCGGGAAUUCAUUCUCUCCUGCCUGGCCCGGGACCCUGCCCGUAGACCCUCAGCCCACAACCUUCUCUUCCACCGAGUGCUCUUCGAGGUGCACUCUCUGAAGCUGCUGGCAGCGCACUGCUUCAUCCAGCACCAGUACCUCAUGCCUGAGAAUGUGGUAGAGGAAAAGACCAAGGCCAUGGAUCUCCAUGCAGUCUUGGCUGAGAUGCCCCAGCCCCACGGACCCCCGAUGCAGUGGCGGUACUCAGAGGUCUCCUUCUUAGAGCUGGACAAAUUUCUAGAGGAUGUCAGGAACGGCAUCUAUCCACUGAUGAACUUUGCGGCUGCUCGGCCCUUGGGACUUCCCCGUGUGUUGGCCCCACCCCCAGAGGAGGCCCAAAAAGCCAAAACUCCAACACCAGAGCCCUUUGACUCGGAGACUAGGAAGGUGGUCCAGAUGCAGUGCAACCUGGAAAGAAGCGAGGACAAGGCUCGGUGGCACCUUACGCUGCUUUUGGUGCUCGAAGACCGUCUACAUCGGCAGCUGACCUAUGACCUGCUCCCAACUGACAGUGCCCAAGACCUCGCCGCUGAACUAGUGCAUUAUGGCUUCCUGCACGAGGAUGACCGGACAAAGCUAGCAGCCUUUCUGGAGACCACUUUUCUCAAGUACCGUGGGACACAGGCAUGACCUUCCCAGUCCUGACAGCCCAGCAGAGAUACCGGGGCUCAGGGUUAUCCGCUUGGCAAGGAGCCCCACACUGCUCAAAGCUGCCCUCUACCCGUGUCCCCUGGAACUGAACACAGGCCCUGCUGGUGAAGACACCCACCCCACCCCACCCCCAGCUUUCUGCAGCAGUGUGGGACCCUCAGGUGGUGAUGGGACCCUGAGCCUGGAUGGGAGUGGAUACAGGUCAGUUAGGGGAACCACUCCAUCUGGUACUGGACAACAGCCGUGCCUUCAGGUGGCAUAGAAACCUAGGGAAGGAGCCUGAACUCAAAAGCAAUAGAGCCCCCUCAGGUGUCAAACAGUGCUGGGCAUCAGGCAGACCAGACCUGAUCUGAUUGCAGAACCAUUAGACUAGAGAGCUUGGAGUUGCACCCAUGGCCAGGAAACUCCAUGGUCCCGCUCAGACCAGACCCCAUCCCUUGCAGACCUGCCUUGAGCCUUCUCUCUGAUCUUCCACACUCUUGAGACCAGGACCUGCGUCCUCCCCAAAGUCCUUGGGCAGGAUCUUUCUCUUCAUCACUCCUCUGGCCUAGGGGUUCAGAGGUCAGGCAUCCUCUGCAUCUCCUCCCUGGGGAAGUUGUAUGUUUGAGUCUGAGGAUGUGGGUUUCUGGCUCUCUUCUUUCUCCCCAACCCAACUUGUCUCUCAUUCUUACUGGUUUCAAAGUCCUGGUAAAUUCUUCCCCCCGGGACCACCCUGACUUCUUGGUUCUUGAACUGCCUCUCUUCCGAUUUCAAAUUUAAGGUCUUAAACGUUUUUAAAUGUAUAUAUAAAUUUAAAGCAUUCACGCUCCUUUUUAAACACUUCAUGUGUGAAACCAGGAAAGCUCACUAGUGUAUUAUUAAUAGUUCCACAUUGCUGCUGUUAACACAUAUCUUAAACCCAGUGGUUUGAGACAACACACACACACAGUACAUCACAAGUUUGAUACAGACUCUUACUAGAUUAAUACCCAGGCUAAGUUCCUUUCUGGAAGUUGGGCCUCACCUCCUGCUCCUUCAGGCUAUCGGCAGAAUUCACCUCCCUGCAAUGGUAAGGCAGAAAUUCCUAUUUUCUUAACAGCUGCCAACUAAGAGCCCUUCUCAGCUUCUAGUGGCCACCAACUUUUCUUAGCUCUUCUUCCUCCCCCUUCAAGACCAGCAGCGUCAAGUUGAAUCUUUGUCAUGGAUUAGCUGUCUGGUUUUCUACUGCUAGGAAGCGUUGGGGCCUUUUGUGAGUAGGUUGGACCCAUCUGGAUAACCUAGGGUGAUCUCCUUCUCAGGGUCUGUAGAGGAACCACACCUGCACAGUACCUUCGGCCAUGGCAACUAAUCAUCCUGGGUUUUGGUGCUUGGAGAAUGGGCAUGGGCGGUGGGUGUUGCCAUGUUGCCUACCAUGCCAUCUUAACCAAAACCAAAACCUAAAAUAAAGCAAAUUUGUCAUGGGACAUCUAAUAAAUUAAAGGAACUCUGAUUAUG